AUGAAGCUGAUGUACAUGCAUGACAAUUCGGAAAACCUCACUGACAGCUUUAAAAUCCAGCUAUCAGAUGGGAAACAUAAAGUCCUCAGAACCAUUUCAGUAAAGGUCAUUCCAGUUAAUGAUGAGAAACCAGUGCUGCGCAAGAACGAUGAUAUAGAGGUGAACAUGGGUGAAAGUCGUAUAAUUUCUAGUGCUGUUCUGUCAGCAGAAGAUAAAGAUACCCCCAGGGAGAGAAUUUACUACUUAUUUGAAAGACUUCCAGAAAAUGGUCAGCUUCAGCUCAAGGUAGGCCAAGGCUGGAUGACUCUCCAAACUGGAAUGAAGUGCACUCAGGAAGAACUGGAUAUGAACCUAGUGAGAUAUGUCCAUACAGGAGCUAUAGGGUCCAAGAACCAAGACAGCUUCACAUUUUAUCUGUGGGAUGGGUACAACAGAUCCCCAGCUGUGGACUUCUACAUAAAUAUCAAGGACAUGGAAAAGGGAGACAUUGCUGUUUUCAUAAAACCUCUUAGAGUGCCAAAAGGGGAUCGGGGCUACAUUUCAACUGAUGUCCUCCUUGCACUAGAUGGUACUGACAAGCCAGAGGAGCUCCUCUAUGUGAUAACCUCCCCACCCCAGUAUGGACAAGUAGAGUAUGUUGGCUAUCCUGGCAUCCCCAUUACGAGCUUCAGUCAAAUGGAUGUAGCAAGACAGAUAGUCUGCUAUGUUCACAACACAAAGGCAGUUGUUCCUGAAGACACAUUCAGAUUCAUCAUCAGCAAUGGACUGAGGACUAAGCAUGGGACAUUCAUGAUCUCCUUGGAGGCAGUUGACCACGCUUUGCCCACACUAUCUAGGAAUACCGGGUUAAGAUUAGUGGAAGGCGCUAUGGCACUUUUUUCUCCUGAUGUCCUGCAGCUUUCAGACCCAGACACUGCCAAAGAAAACCUUACCUUCCUCUUGGCUCAGCUCCCGCAAUACGGUCAUCUCUAUUAUCGAGGGGCUGUGCUACUGCAGUACAAUUUCACCCAGCAAGAUGUGGACAACAGGGAUGUUGCAUACAAGCACCGAGGUGGAAAUUCCCAGAUUGACAGAUUUACAUUUGUUGCAACAGAUAGGACUAAUCAAGGCUUCAUCGUGAAUGGGAGGGUGCAGAGCGAGCCAGUGGCAUUCACCAUUCAGGUGGAUCAUUUGGACAAAAUGGCACCAAAAAUUAUUCAUCUCCAUUGUUUUUCUGAUGUGGAACUGCUGAAGAAUGGCAAUUAUGGGAUCUAUAUUACUGCCAGAUCCCUGAAGGCAUCUGACCCCAAUACAGAAGAUGACAAAAUAAUUUUUAAGAUUUUACGAGGUCCUCAUUAUGGCUACCUGGAAAAUGUAACAACAGGUGGAUUUAUUCAGGAAGGCUUUAGCCAAAAGGAUUUAAACAGCAAAGUCAUACUUUAUGUCAUCAAUCCAUUGCGGGAAGUGAAUUCAGACGACUUGGAGUUUCAAGUCACAGAUGACAGUGGAAACUCGGCGGUGCCCCAAAGGCUGGAGCUACGGUGGUCUCGGAUUGAAAUGCAACAGACUGAAUACGAAGUGUGUGAGAGCGUGGGAGUGGUGUCUCUGAAAAUCACCAGAGCAGGACACGCUGCAGAGUCCGCCUUUAUCGCAGUGAAGGUCAAUGAAAUAUCUGCUAUGCUGGGAAAGGACUUUACAGUGACUCCCUCCAAGCUUGUCCAGUUUGAUCCAGGAAUGUCAACCAAGAUGUGGAAUAUAGCAAUUACCUAUGAUGGAUUAGAGGAAGAUGAUGAAGUCUUUGAAGUAGUUCUGAACUCCCCUGUGAACGCUGUUCUUGGCACCCGGACAAAAGCUGUAGUGAAAAUUUUGGACUCAAAAGGAGGUCAGUGCAGCUAUUCCCAUUCUUCUGGCCAAAGCAAGCACGACUUCUGGGGGAGAGGCACGCUGUUUCCAGUUUCCUCGGGCUCCUCAUCACCUCCCAGGCCUGGCAAUACUCCCUUGGAAAGGAUCCCACUACUUCCUUCCAAAGGGAUGAGAGAGCAUGGAGAGGACCCGCGGCAGGAACACAGCUUGGCGAAUCAGUCAAAGACCAGGCUGAGAGUGACUGGAAAUGGCACAAUAGUUCGUCCUUCAUCUGUAUUUAGAAAUGGAACUGAUGUGGUUUUCAAAUAUCACGGGAUGGUAUCACUCAAAAGAGAGGAUGACACCUCAUCAGCUAAAGCAAACAAGAAGGCUCAAGUGUCAGUAAUUAACCAAGCACAACCACAGAUAAAUGUCGUCUCCUCUAGGAAGACAGAAAUCCCACAAGCUGAUAAGGCAGAACUGGCAUCUGAACUAAGCUCAAGACAUCAGGACUUUUACUCUUUUCCAAAGGCCUGUACACCAGAUUUAAAGGGGCUCUUGCAUUAUGAAGAAAGCACUCAAAAGUUAUUUCAGUGUGAUGGGAUUAUAUGGAAAUUCUGGAAUUCCCAAAGCAAGGAG